GGCACGCGCUGAGCAUUUUCUAUUUUACAAUUUUUGCAUUUAUUGACUAAACGACUGUGUAAAUAGAGCGCCAAUCACAUCAGCAUGACGGAGGAUAAAAAGAAGGUACAGCUGGACGAUAUACAGAAGCUGGUGUUUGAGCGCAUAGCUAAAAACGAUACGAGCAGCUUUAAACAACUGGUGGUGCAGCUAAAAAAUGGUGUCAAUUUUGUGGACAACGAUGGCAUGACGCCGCUCCAGCAUGCCUGCUGUAAGGGCAACAAAGAUGCUGUUCAAAUACUUCUUGACAUGGGAGCCGACAUUAACUUUAAUCAGCAUGGCGCAGAUUACACGCCUCUGCACUUCGCCGCGCUAUCCGGUAACACCCAAGUGUGUCGCCUGCUGCUGGACGCCGGCAUUAAUGUCAAUAGUGUAAACAGUGUCUCACGCACGGCUUCCCAGAUGGCGGCAUUUGUGGGCAAUCAUGCCUGUGUGGAGACCAUCAACAAUUACGUGUCGCGGACCAGCCUGGAGUAUUACACACAAGUGCAUGGACAACAAAAGGAGCCGUACAUACCACCUACACAACUGAAAGCCUUCCACACAUUUGUCAUUGAGAUUAACUUGCAUCCAGUACGCAUUGCACUUAAUGCUCAAAAUUUGGGACUACUAAGGCAUUUGCCUGGCCUGAGUAGGGCUUUGUCGCUGAUGUGCGUAAAGGAGAUGCAAAAGACUCACGAUAUUAAUGAACUGCUAGCCUUUAAAUUCCACUAUUUCGGCUGGAUUGUGGCUGAACUGAUGCGCUGUGACGAACAGUUUAAGGCGCAGCACAAGGAUAAGGCUGGCGAAGGGGAUGCAGCCAAUAAGAAUGAUUUCAUCGAAGUGUUUGUUAAGCGGGUGCUUAAGGAAAACAAGCUCGGUCAGCUGGACUAUGUAGAGUUCACUGUGCGCGAGUGCGCACGGGAAUUUCCCUUCCGCGAAUGCACGAUCUUUAGGCAAAUAGCCACGCAAUUAGGCUCCAAGGAUGCACUGCCCGCGUUGCAGGUUCUGCGAAAUGCCAUCAACGGCAUGCGUGGAUUUGUGGACGAGAGCAGUUACUGCAGCAGCUGUGGCCAGGAGAAGCCUGACAAAAAGUGUUCCAAAUGCAAGGCCGUCCAAUACUGCGAUCGCGAAUGCCAACGUUUGCAUUGGUUUAUGCACAAAAAGAGCUGUGCUCGUCUCUUGGCUGCAUCUCAGGCAGGAGCUCCAGGGCCACAACUGCCACGGGCGCCUAUUGAUGCCUCCGAGCUGCGCGAGGAACUGGCCAAGUUGUCAACUUAAUAUUCCUUUUGAGUUGCAUGUGCAAUUUAGGUCAUACAUUUUGUAAUAAACAUGAUUUUAUUCAAAA